CGUUGGCCGGAGGAGCGGCCGUGCCGCCCCCGCUGCCCCGCUCGCCCUGAGGCUUUACCAUGCUCCGAGCCUUUAGUCACACAAAUGGUAGGUGUGCGUUCCGUCACAGUAAGUGUUGGCAUCAUCGUAAGUCUGUGCUGGCAAUCAGGAGAGAAGAUGUUAAUGCAUGGGAAAGAAGAGCACCUCUAGCACCAAAGCAUGUUAAGGAAUUGACACAGAUGGGAUACAAGGUCUUGGUCCAGCCGUCAAACCGGAGAGCCAUCCAUGAAAAGGACUAUGUCAAAGCAGGUGGCAUUAUUCAAGAAGAUAUUUCCGAGGCUUCUCUGAUAGUAGGUGUGAAGAGACCUCCAGAGGACAAAUUAAUCCCCAAAAAGAACUAUGCCUUCUUCUCUCACACUAUUAAAGCCCAAGAGGCAAACAUGCCCCUUUUGGAUGAGAUUCUAAGACAGGAAAUUCGACUGUUUGACUAUGAAAAAAUGGUUGAUCAUAAAGGAAUGCGAGUUGUGGCCUUUGGAAAGUGGGCUGGUGUAGCAGGAAUGAUCAACAUUCUACAUGGAUUGGGAUUACGAUUUUUAGCGCUGGGACAUCACACUCCCUUCAUGCACAUUGGGAUGGCACAUAACUACAGGAAUAGCGGUCAGGCUGUGCAGGCAGUACGGGAUGCCGGCUAUGAAAUUUCACUGGGAUUGAUGCCAAAGUCGGUUGGGCCCUUAACAUUUGUGUUUACAGGCACUGGUAAUGUUUCUAAGGGUGCUCAAGAAAUGUUCAAUGCCCUCCCAUGUGAGUUUGUGGAACCACAUGAGUUAAAGGAAGUUUCCAGAACUGGAGACCUCAGAAAAGUCUAUGGCACAGUGUUAAGUCGUCACCAUCAUCUUGUAAGGAAACACGAUGGACUAUAUGAUCCAGUAGACUAUGAUAAACAUCCAGAACUUUACACUUCUCGCUUUAACACUGAUAUUGCACCCUACACAACUUGUUUAAUUAAUGGCAUAUACUGGGAACAACAUACUCCCCGCUUGUUAAGUCGACAGGAUGCUCAGAAGCUGCUGGUGCCAGUUAGAUCUGCUGCUGGUGCAACAGAGGGCUGUCCUGAGUUACCACACAAACUUCUGGCAAUAUGUGACAUUUCAGCAGACACUGGAGGAUCUAUAGAAUUUAUGACGGAGUGUACAACAAUUGACAGUCCAUUUUGUAUGUAUGAUGCUGACCAGCAUAUUAUUCAUGACAGUGUUGAAGGCUCUGGGAUUCUGAUGUGUUCCAUCGACAAUCUGCCAGCACAGCUUCCUAUAGAAGCAACAGAGUACUUUGGUGAUAUGCUUUUCCCGUAUAUUGAAGAGAUGCUUUUAUCAGAAGGCUCAGAACCUCUUGAAAGCCAGAAUUACUCAUCUGUUGUUCGAGAUGCAGUGAUUGCAUCCAAUGGCUCACUGACGGCUAAGUAUGAAUAUAUCCAGAAAUUGAGGGAGAGCAGGGAAUACGCUCAGUCACUGAAGAUGGGUAAUAAGAAGAGGGUUUUAUUGCUCGGAUCUGGCUAUGUUUCUGGCCCUGUACUUGAAUAUCUCACUAGAGAUUCCAACGUUGACAUCACAGUUGCAUCUGUCAUGAAGGAACAACUUGAACAACUGACGAAAAAAUACAGCAACGUUACUUCAGUUCAUAUGGAUGUCAUUAAGCACGAGGAAGAGCUAUCCGCUUUGGUGAAGAAACAUGACCUUGUGAUCAGUUUGCUGCCUUAUUCAGCACAUCCUUUGGUUGCCAAGAAAUGUAUUGACAACAAAGUGAACUUGGUAACAGCCAGCUACUUAACACCAGCUAUGAAAGAACUCCAGGAGAGCGUAGAAGCUGCUGGUAUUACAGUUAUCAGUGAAAUGGGUUUGGAUCCUGGUCUUGACCAUAUGUUGGCAAUGGAAUGUAUUGACAAGGCAAAAGAAGUUGGUGCUACGGUUGUAUCCUACACUUCUUUCUGCGGUGGCCUACCAGCUCCAGAGCACUCUGACAAUCCUCUGAGAUACAAGUUCAGCUGGAGCCCACAAGGAGUGUUGCUGAAUACAGUUCAGUCUGCUACGUAUUUAAAAAAUGGAGAGAUUAUCAAUAUUCCAGCUGGAGGAGCAUUACUUGAUUCUGUUACUCCAAUGGAUUUUUUCCCAGGAUUAAAUCUCGAAGGUUUUCCUAACAGAGACAGUACAAAAUAUGCUGAGCCGUAUGGUAUUCAGACAGCUCACACUUUGUUGAGAGGCACCUUAAGAUACAAAGGCUACUCUAAAACUAUGGGAGGCUUUGUAAAACUAGGAUUAAUUAACCCAGAUCCUUAUCCUUUGCUAAGCUCAACCACGCCACCUCUAACCUGGAAAGAGCUCAUGUGCAAACUGGUUGGAAUUAAGCCACCUGCUGAGUACCAUGUUCUUAAAGAAGCUGUAUUUAGCAAACUGGAAAAGGACAAAAGCCAGCUGGAGGCAGUGGAAUGGCUAGGUUUAUUGGGAGAUGAACCAGUUCCAGCAGCAGAUUCCAUUGUGGGGGCUCUUGCAAAGCACAUGGAGAUGAAGCUGCCCUUUGGCACUGGAGAGAGAGAUAUGAUUGUUAUGAGAAAUGAAAUAGGUCUCAGGCAUCCUUCUGGUCAUUUGGAAGACAAAUUUAUCAAUCUGGUUGUCUAUGGUGAUAACAGAGGAUAUUCUGCUAUGGCUAAAACAGUAGGAUACCCCACGGCUAUUGCUGCUAAGAUGGUUCUAGAUGGUGAAAUAGAUGCCAAAGGCAUGGUUAUACCAUUGACGAAGAAUGUUUAUGGACCAAUACUUGAACGUGUUCGGGCAGAAGGCAUUGUGUACAGUACUCACAGUGUUAUCAAACAGUAACUGGAAGCAGUGGAUUGAAUUGGGUUUUGGCUUUGUUUGGUUCCCCUCCUCCCCUUUAAGAAUCUCAAUUUGGACCAGCGAAAGGCAGCACCUGCCAUUUCGCACACAAAUGAUGCCUUCCAUAAAACCGGUCGCCUGACUUUGAUGUCGAAACUGUAGAUACCCAGAUGCAUGAAUUGUGAUGUUUUCCUCUUAAAACUGUUACGCUUUCAUGUAAAUGUUUCAGCAUCAAUCAGACUUUUCCUUAUGUCUUUCCUAAAAUAUUUUGGGAUGGUGGGGGUUUUUUUGUUAAUAGAGUUUAUCUUCUAAGUGUAUAGGGUUAAUAUUGAGACAAAUUUAAGCUGAAAGAAAAAUCUAUUAGUGGAUUCUUUUGAGGUGGAAAAGUUUGGUUAAUGAAUUCCGUUGAUUAAGUUUGAUUGUUCAUGUGGUAAAAAUAAUUUAUCAGAAUAAGAGAUGAAAGUGAUACUUAAAAUUUAAGUCUUGUUGUCCCUUGCCCUUUAGCAGUAUUUGUGAAUGUUUUCACAAUAACAAUAUGCAAGAAAUAGUUUAGAAAUUCUGCACUACUAGCAAAUAAGAUCCUGUUAAAUCUUGAAAAUGUUCAGUUGUUAAAUAUUUGAAACCUAGAUCUUAAUAUUUUUUAAAUCCCUUUCUUAUGAAUGUAAACUUAAAUUAAUUGGAGGAGGGAGGAGGUUUAAAGCAAGCCUCCCCCCAUACCCUUUCCUGUUACAGAGUGGAAGCUGGUUGCAAUAUGUUGAAAUACCUGCUGUUCCGUGUUGCCUUGUGCUGUGAGGAGAGCACAUUAGCAUUUAGCUCUGCAGCUCGGAAGGGCAUUCUGAAAUGCAACACAGUUAAUGUGCUUAGAAGCCGCUCCAAAUGACGUGUUUACUCUUUCCACUUACACUGUGUGCCUCGUCCAGGUUAAGUACUGUUACAAAGGGAAUAGACUGUGUAGUAUAAGCAGAUUUGAAAUGCAUUAGGCUUAGAGGUUUAAAUCACUACUUUUUGAGUUAGCUUCUGUCCUUUUGCUAUCGUGCUUUUGAAGUGUUCAUUUGGGAGCCUAUCCACACUACUCAGUACAGUGCCACUUUAGACUGAUGAGAGUUUGCCAGUGUACCAGCUCAUUUGAUGCUAAGUGCUGUGCUGCACAGACGUGCCAGCCCGGCUCUAGUGGCAGUUUAGCCGCAUCGGCCCAGAAUUGAGCUUUAGUCUGAGUGCAGCUUCUCUCUGACAAAAUAGCAGUUGCCUCCUUCCAGUUCAGGGCUGCUUCUGUGGCUUUUGCUCAGGGAUUUCUACACCACCUUACAAUGCAAGCAUGGCUUAGACUUCAGCAGUUAGGCCUGUGAGAUGCAAUGCUGUGGGCCGAUACCAUUUGCACUGGUACCUGUGCGACUGCCUGGAGGUCCCCUUUUCUAAAGCUGAAUACUGAUGCUGGAAGCUGUCUGCUUUCAACUUUGCUCACAAGCGCACUUUGCUGAUAAACGCACAGCCUUUUACCUCCUGAGAAGCAUAGUGCUAUUAUCGUGGUCCCGAGGGGCUGGAAUUCCAGGUGUUGCUCUGCCUGGUAGGAAAAGCAGCCGUAACAAUAGUUGAAGUUUUGGUCUCCAAGUCUUGCUACUCAGGAUUUGGAUUUUCUUUGUGCAUAUGUAAUGAAGUAGCAACUGCAACAAAGAGGAGGGUGAAAGGAGCCAAAGGGAGAAGGAAGAAUGAAGGGCAGAGUAUUACUGUCAAAGAGGAGUGCUUUUUAUACUGAACCACUGAAUGCUUUUGUACUGUCAAAUUUGGAUUCUGUUACAGUGCCAUGCAUGUUCUGAGUAUUGGAUGAAAUCCUGGCUCCCCACUAAGUUGCUUUGCUUCCUGCUGACCUUACAGGCUGUUGGUCUGUUUUAUGGCGGGUACCUGCAGCUGGGGUAAGGAUGGAGCCUGCAAUGAAUGUUCUGCUCUCUGCUGCCUCUUCCUUCCCCCGGUUGAUUAAAGGUCUACAACUAAGGGUUAAAAAUUAGACUUGUGUCUGCUGGUCCCUUCCAGUCCAGUGCUUGGUGAGACCAGGAUUUCACUGGAGAAUUCUCUGUUCCCUCCUUUACCCCACAGAUACACAACCAUGGAGUUGUGAUUCUGUAUAUAUGCAUGCACCUUGCUUGCUUUUCUGCCUAGGAAAUACAGUAUGCAAAGAAAAUUGGAAUUUUAAAAAAGUAUGUAAUCUCUUCAGAGCACAAAAAGAAUGAGCACUACAGAGUGUUUUCUUCAAGAAAAACUGCUACUGUUUUUGAAACAUUUUGUAUCAGAAUAUAUUUCUGUUUCCCAGUGCAAUGCUGCUUUUCGUUUUCUAAGUUUAGACUUAAAUGAAUUUAUUGCUCAGCUUUUGUAUGAAGGUUAGACUUCUCAGUUCUCUGUGCAUAUUACUGGAAAGAAUUGUAUCUUAUACACAAGAUUGCUUCAAAAAUAAAUCUGAAAACCUGUG